GGGUUUCAUAACAUUUCGGUGUUGAGUUAUGUUGUCAUCUUUACCAUCCUCUCUCUAACCUCCAUUAACUCUUUCUCCUUUUCUAAAACCCCAAACCGCAACGCAACACAACACAAUAAGUUCCGUUUUCAUAACGUAAAUUGUCUCUUCUCCUCCGCUUCUCUAUUUCCGCCCUCAAUUCCGAUUCCCCUCUCCUCCAAUUCGGAGAAUUAGGGUUUUGCCCGUGGAUGCUGCACCGCCACCGUCGCUAGGGUUUGCGAUGGCGGAAUUGGAGGAGGAGCAGGUGGGGGAUUUCAAGCCCUUCUCCGAGGGUUCUUCGUGCUCCCGUUCGAUCAGCGAAACGGUGAACGGCUCUCACCAAUUCACGAUAAAGGGUUAUUCUCUGGCGAAAGGGAUGGGUGCGGGGAAGUACAUCAUGAGCGACACUUUCAGCGUCGGUGGCUACGAUUGGGCCAUCUAUUUCUACCCUGAUGGCAAGAACCCCGAGGACAAUUCCAUGUACGUUUCCGUCUUCAUAGCGCUCGCUAGCGACGGGACCGAUGUUAGGGCUCUCUUCAAGUUGACGCUGGUGGAUCAGAGUGAGAAGGGGAAUGAUAAGGUUCAUAGCCAUUUCGAUCGCCCCCUCGAGAGUGGACCUUAUACCUUGAAGUACAGAGGCAGCAUGUGGGGUUACAAGCGUUUCUUCAGGAGAACAUUACUGGAAACUUCGGAGUAUCUAAAAGAUGAUUGCCUUGUCAUGCAUUGCACUGUCGGGGUUGUCAAAACUCGUUUUGAGGGAUCUAAACAGGGUGUUAUUGUGCCACAGUCAGAUAUGGGCCAAGAUUUUAAGGACUUGUUGGAAUCUGAGGUUGGUUGUGACAUAGUUUUCAAGGUAAAAAAUGAAAGCUUCAAAGCUCAUAAGUUGAUACUUGCUGCCCGAUCUCCUGUGUUUAGAGCACAAUUUUUUGGACUUGUUGGGGAUCCUAGCUUAGAGGAAGUAGUGGUAGAGGAUAUUGAGCCCUUUAUCUUCAAGGCAAUGCUUCUCUUCAUUUACUCUGACAAACUUCCCAACAUCUAUGACGUUACAGACUCAAUGCCCAUGUGCUCAACUACUGUCAUGGUGCAGCAUCUCUUAGCUGCUGCUGAUCUCUACAAUCUUGAUCGGCUAAAACUGUUAUGCGAAUCAAACUUGUGUGAUGAAAUCAAUACUGACAAUGUGGCCACAACACUUGCCCUGGCAGAACAACACCACUGUCCACAGCUUAAGGCAGUCUGUUUGAAAUUUAUUGCAAAUCCAGCAAAUUUGGGAGAUGGAGCAUUUUCAGAAGCUGUUAUGCAGUCCGAAGCUUUUGUGCAUUUGAAAGAGAGCUGCCCCUCAAUGUUGUUGGAAUUGCUGGAGACAUUUGCAUCAGUGGAUGAUAAUUCAGGCCAAACAUUGAGCAGAAAGAGAAGUGGCAGUAGCAUAUAUGGUCAAGAUUUAGCAGAUGGGGCAGCUGCUGAAUCAGUCAAUCCAAUUGGCAGGCGAGUAAGGAGGCGGACAUAAGCAUCUGAGUCUGCAACCGUUGAAGUGUGAUAUAGAUAACCCCCUAGCCAUGAAGUUCCCUGUCAAUAUAAGUGAUUCACAAUUUUCAUUUCACCUGAUCCCUCAGAUUCUAUAUGUGAAGUUUCUGGCCUUCCCACCUUGUCUCAAUGGGCUACUUUGGACAGCAUUUUCAAUGGUAGUUUGACAUUAGAGCAGUUCUAAUGUAGGGUAUAUCAUGUUUGAUGGCAGUAAUAAAAAGUAAAUAGCUGAUAUAUUUGUUUUUUUAUAAUCAUGCCUUAGAAGAAAACACUCUUCCUUUUUAUGGGGAAAAUAGAUGGAUGAUAGAACUUGUUUCUCCCCAAAUGCCUGGAUUUGGAGUGAAGGUUCCAAACUUGAACCACUGGGUUUAUGUGUAUGAUUCAAUCUGUUGGUCGUUCCCGGCAUAUCUAAAUUUUUUAGACCUAUCUCGCCGUUUGUGUAUAUGUGCAGUAUUCUGAUACAAAGUAGCUGAACAGUAUAAUUUAAGAGAGAUUUUUUCUUUUCCUUGAAUGAUUGCGGAUAAGGUGUGGUUUCAAGGUAUCUUCUACCUAAGUAGUAGCAAUUCUAAACUACAGCUAUUUCUUGUUCCUGUACUCGGUCAAGAGGGAACUUGGCUCAAACAAAAGCAGCUGUCAAUCUUAACACUCGUAUGUUAAACAUGGCUACCGAAUUGGGUUCCGUCCUUUAGCUCA